CUUUGGUGAGAAUCAUCUGUUGGGCAUGAGGAACAAAACAAUAUUGUGUAUGGACGACUCAGCGCUUACAAGUCUAGCAAUUGCAGAGCUUAUAUGCGGAGUGCCAAAUCAAGACUCCAACGCAUGUAAUAGGCCACUAGAGCGAAAAAUAAAUCCUCUAGGCAAACCAAACAAAAAGUUUCUAGGGCGGACAAUAAACAAUGCACUACGACACAACAAACGGGCAAUCGAGCGAACGCAGGCGAAAUGCCAGCAAAAACUUCAGGAAUUAGAUUACAAACAUGAAAGGCGCAAGGGAAAUGUCUUUUAUAAUCGAAAAAUCACGGAAGAAUUCGGUGGAAGCACGGAACGUAAAAAUCAUUCCAGAAAUACAUACAAAAUAACACGCAAUAGCAGAAGCUCGUCGAGAGAAUAUUGCAGUCGCAGCCAUAGCUACAUAAAGAAACACAAGAAAAAAAAGAAGAAAACCAAACGAAGACAUCGUAGAAGAAGCACCAGUAGUGAACCCAAGAAGUUAGCAACUUUCAGAUCUGACUUUAUCCAUUCAAACAGUUUGGCCCUAGCAGUGGCUAUGGCUUAUAAUCGACCGCUGUAUCAAACAGCAGCUAAUAAACCAUCCCCAUCCCCAUCCCCAUCCUCACCAUUGAGUGAUAUUGUUAAGGAACUAAUGUCGGAUGAUGAAACGGCCAAACAAGGCAUCCAGUUAGAUGAACUAAUUAUGGACUCCUCAAAUAAUGAAAUUCCAGCAAUUGUCACGAUCGAUGUGAGCUCCCAAGAUGAAUCUGUCGACAGUACGGCUACUGGAGGCGAGAGUGAAACUAGCUCUAGUCCGGGAAAUAUCAGCUGCAUAACACUUGUAGAUAGUGAAAGCGAUUUAGAAAUAAUUGAGAAUAAUGUGGAGCAGCCAAAAGAAGGGUGUAGUCCAGUGGCGUUUACAGAAUUAUCAAUAAUGGAUGAGGUACGACGUACCGCCGAUAUUACGCUUACAGUGGACUUGACUGAAGAUUAGAUGAUAAUUAUUUAUAAAAAAAACUUAAAAAUGAGGGACUUUAAGCUUUACAAAAUAUUUUGAAAUAUUCCAUACUUUAAAGAUUGUCAUCAUCUGGGAAUAAAUCAAUUUUUAGUUUGUGACUAUUAAAACAUAUAUUCAUGUUGGGAAUACAUACAAGCGAA